AAUUCAACCAGUGACCCCCCCCCCCCCCCCCCUCCAGAAAAAUAAUAAAAAAAUCACUAAAGAUGAAGAUGAACAGUGCUCGCAUGGGGAGCUCAAAGAGAAGGAUUUCAAGCAAAGGGCUAGGAGCUGUCCUUAGAGAACAAAGGGCUAGGCUUUACAUAAUAAGGAGAUGUGUGGUCAUGUUAAUAUGCUGGCAUGAUUAACACUAUAAUCUCCUCCUAUAGUUACGAUGGGGAUAAGUAAUCUUCCCCUUUUUUUUCUUCUUGGUGGAGUGUAAAUAGCUGCGGCAGGGCUGGAAAUUAUUAUGGGAGAGUUUUUUUUUUUUUUCUUAACAAAUUUUGUUAUGGCUUGGCCUUAUGGGGCUUCGAUAAUCAAUGUAUACACCGGAUAGUAUGAAUCAAAGCUUCGAUAUUAUCUAACAAA